AUGCAAGUACAAGAAUUACUCAUUUAUCCAAUAAAAUCUUGUGGUGGCGUUAGAGUUCAAGAAGCGUUAGUUACAAGAUAUGGCUUAGCUCUUCCAUCCGAUCCACGAAUCUACGAUAGACGAUGGAUGAUUGUCAAAGAUGGCCGACAUUUAUCACAACGUGUUUUACCAAGUAUGGCACUUAUUCAACCAUCAUUUGUUGAAAAUGGACUUUUACUUCGAGCACCUAAUAUGCCUGAUCUGCUUAUAUCUGUUAGUCCAUUACCAAAAGAAAUAAUGUAUUGCCAUUGUUGGGACGAACCAAUACUUGGUUUACGUUAUGACGAUACGAUAUCUCAUUGGUUUCGAAGAUUUUUUCAAAGUAACGAUCAAAUUGAUUUAGUUAUUUUUGAUGAAAAACAAUUUCAAACACGUUCAAGUAAAAAUAAACCAGAUUUUCCAAAUGUAGCAGAAGAUCAUCAUGUUGCUGUGUAUCAUGAUGUUUGUCCAAUACAUUUAUGUUCAUUGGAAUCUGUUACCAAUUUGAAUACACGAUUAGAAAAGAAAAUUAAAAUAUACAAUUUUCGACCGAAUAUUAUUGUAACUAAUGGAAGUGAACCAUAUUCAGAAGAUUGCUGGAGAGAUGUUGAUAUUGGUCAAGUGAAAUUAAAAUGGAUUUCACCUUCCUUAAGAUGUCUUUUGCCGACAGUAGAUCAAGAAACUGGUAUUAAAGAUUCCAACCAAGAACCCUGGAAAACAUUGAGAAGUUAUCGACUUAAACCCAAUCAGUAUGGCAUCAAAGCUUUGUUUGGUAUUUAUUUAGGACAAUUUGAUGGUUCGGAGAUUAUUUCUGGAACUGUUCAUGUUGGUGAUUUAAUUAACGUCAUUAGACAAGAUCUUGAUUUUUGGAAAAAACUAUGA